AUGGAUUGGGAUGGUCAAGUGAAGACACUUCGGAAGAAAGUUGGGAGUGACCUUCAAGCCAGCAUGAUGCCUGUGAAGUAUAUGGAUGAGUGGCCCAAGAAGAAAGCACCACCUUUCAACGAAAUAGAAGCGGGUAGGCUAGUCGCCCUCUACUGCGAGAAUUACGACUCCUAUCAUGGAAAGACUAAAUGGGGGAAGAACAUAGUUAGUGAGAAACAGCGGUUCUUGAGAGAAUGGUCGAAAGAAAUCUCAUCAAUGGGGUAUGCAACGCGCACCAAGGAUCAAGUCGAAGAGAAGAUCAGGAACGAGGUGAAGAAAGUGAAAAAAUAUUUGAAGCACAUCAAGACUGAGAAAUCAAAGCGAAAAGGCGACAGUGAUGGGAAAGCACGCGUUUGGAAAUUGCCACUAUAUCUCGACCCUCUCGUUGAGCUGAUCUCCCAUUUGGGUCCUGAGCAUGGUACGUCAGGAGCAGCAAUCACACAUAAUCACCCUGAAUAUGAUUUGACAAGAGCAGCUAAACAGUUGCUCACACCAGCGCAAGAACCCCAUUUCUCCGACAGAAACAUCUCACCAGAAAAUGAGGGUGAUCUUGAGUUGUGUGGUCCAACGGAUACUACGGAUACCAACGGUUCUUUGUUUGAUGACAGAAAACCUACUAGGGAAGAACUUCGUGAACUUCGCGCUAAAUUAGGUAUGGAUACGUCGGUUAUUCUGGAAGACCCAUCCACUUGCAAUAAACACAAAUCUUCAUUGGAUCGCAGAGACAGCGCUAACUGUAUUACCACUGGCUCAGAAGAAACACCUAAAAGUACCACGAGGAUGGAUCGUGAGUUGCAUUGCUCGCUUACCAGCCAACGAUUGAAGUUAUGUGAGGAAAAGACGAAAUUAACAAAGAUGAAACAAGAAGAAGUCGCCAUUAGACUGGAGGAGGCAAAAGCAUCGCUUCAGUUGCGAUUAAUCGAAUUGGAAAGAGCUAAAGUCGAAUUAGAGCGUGUCCGAGGUGUUGGAACUGAAAGAGAAUCUCCUGCACCUACACCACCCACUUCUAUCAAAAGUAAUGGUGCAUAAUUAACAUAUUUUCUUAGCAUUAGAUUGUUUUCUUUUUGCACUGAAAAAUUCCCUUUUUCUUCGCUAAAGUUCAACUGAUGCUGUUUUGCUCUCUUUGUCACUAGUCUGGUAUCUUUCAUCUAUGUGCAAUCUGUCGCUAUCAAAAAGUUUUCGUUUCCAUCAUUAUUUAUUUUGCCCUCCAAAUCCUUUAAACUUUAGUUCUUGCAGAUCUCGUGUCCUAUUUUAGUUUCUAUGUAUAGUUUUUAGUUCCAGAGCCGUU